CGCCGGGGGAGGAGGAGCCUAAAACAUCCGGGAAGAAGAAGGAGUCGUCCUGUGAAGGUGGAAAGCCAACUGAUGGCAGCGUUGCAACGAGGAAAAUAAAGAAAAUAUUACUCGGUAAGCUCAUUUGUGCAAAGUCCUGUCCUCGACAGAGAGAUGCUGACCUCAUCUUAACAGCGACCAGAGCUCGCCGUCCCCCAGACCAGCCGAGACAGGACACCGGGAAGCGGAUCCGACCGAUCAUGGCCAGCAGGCCGCGGAGACCCGCAGCUGCUCCCGACGGCUCGGCAGAGGCCAAAAGGACGGACCUCAGAGCCAACGGGAAGAAGUGCUCUUGGGCCUCCUACAUGACCAAUUCUCCCACUGUGAUAGUGAUGAUCGGGUUGCCCGCUAGAGGGAAAACCUACAUGUCCAAGAAGCUGACACGCUACCUCAACUGGAUUGGAGUGCCGACUAAGGUAUUUAACCUGGGAGUUUAUAGGAGGGAAGCGGUGCAGGCGUACAAGUCCUACGACUUCUUCAGACAUGACAAUAAAGAAGCGAUGCAAAUCAGAAAACAGUGUGCUCUGGUGGCGCUGGAGGAUGUCAAGGCCUAUCUGAACGAGGAGGGAGGCCAGAUCGCUGUUUUUGAUGCCACCAACACCACCAGAGAGAGGAGGGAGCUCAUCCUUCACUUUGCUCAGGAGCAUUCGUACAAGGUGUUUUUCGUUGAAUCGAUAUGUGACGAUCCCGACGUCAUCGCAACGAAUAUCCUGGACGUGAAGGUGUCCAGCCCCGAUUACCCUGAGAGGGACAGAGAAAGUGUCAUGGAGGAUUUUCUGAAGCGAAUAGAAUGUUACAAAGUCACCUACAAACCUUUGGAUCCGGAUGAACACGACAAGAACCUCUCCUUCAUCCAGGUCAUCAAUGUCGGCCGGCGCUUCCUGGUCAACAAGGUGCAGGACUACAUCCAGAGUAAAAUAGUGUACUACCUCAUGAACAUCCACGUGCACUCCCACUCCAUCUACCUCUGUCGGCACGGAGAGAGCCAUCACAAUGUGGAGGGGCGCAUCGGGGGAGACUCUGAGCUGUCCGAGAGAGGGAGGCAGUUUUCCACAGCACUGAAGGGUUUUGUUCAGGAGCACCAUCUGUCAGACCUGAAGGUUUGGACGAGCCAGCUGAGACGCACCAUCCAGACGGCGGAGGAGCUGGGAGUUCCCUACGAGCAGUGGAAGAUCCUGAAUGAAAUAGAUGCCGGAGUGUGCGAAGAAUUGUCCUAUGAAACUAUUGAGGAGACACACCCAGAGGAGUUUGCCAUGAGGAGCCAGGACAAGUACCAUUACCGCUAUCCGGGCGGAGAGUCCUACCAGGACCUGGUUCAGCGGCUGGAGCCGGUCAUCAUGGAGCUGGAGCGGCAGGGCAACGUGCUGGUCAUCUGUCAUCAGGCCGUCAUGCGCUGUUUGCUCGCCUACUUCCUGGACAAGAGUGCAGAUGAUCUCCCCUACCUGAAGUGUCCCCUGCACACGGUCCUAAAACUCACGCCCGUUGCUUACGGUUGCAAAGUGGACAUGUUUGACCUGAAGGUCGAGGCCGUCAACACUCACAGGGACAGACCAUUAAACGCCGUGCCGCCGGCGUUCAUCCGACGAAACAGCUUCACGCCGCUGUCCAGCCAAGACCAGCUCAAACGACCUCGCCUGUACAGCGUGGGCAACCCUCCACACGCUCGCAUGUCCCAGGCCCCGACUUUACCCAGCAUGCAGUUCUCCGAGGCGUCCGAGGGGGCAGAGAUGCUACAGAGCGAGGACUCCGUGAACGGUUUCGGUGCAGCAGACACAAGCGACCGUGUCUUCCGAGUUAAAGAACCACAGAAAAGAGGCGUUUCUCCACAUGGAUGCGUCACCGGUUCUGAGGACCAGCAGUAAAAUGCCCACCAUUACAUUCUUUAAACGCCGUUUCAUGUGGAAGCAUAUAUGUGUUAUCUCUUUUGUUUUCAGUUGGAUAGUUUGUGUUUUAUCUCUUUGUUUUUAGUUGGAUAGUUUAUGUGUGCGUACAUACAUGAACUCAAUGCCUUUGCACAAAAGCCUUCAUAUCAAGGCUGCAAACCAGCUCAGCUCUAUAAGAAUGUAGAGAUUUAAGAAUUAGAAACUCUGAAAACCCGUCCACUAGUUCCUUGUACACUCCACAUACUGUAGUCUCCAGUCAUAGUAUGAUGUAUUAGAUGUAGAACAUGUUGAUUGUGAAAGCUACUAUCUUUUUAGUUUUAGUGGAAGCCAUGUACAGCCUUAGCUUUUCCUCAGAUUCUUUCUUUAAGUUACCUAUUUAACAUUCUCAGAUGUGUGUCCUUUCUCGGGUGGUCUGACAAGAUGUGGUGGUCAUUUUAUUUUGAAGUGUAAUUUAAAGCUUAUUAAUACAUGAAGCAGGCAGACACGGGCUGUAAAAAAAAGUAAUGAAAUGUUUGGUCUAGCCUUGUAAAAAAAAUGUAAGCAGCUACUGUGCUUAUUUCUUCCUCUGUGACUUCCAUUUGCCUUCCAUUUAAAGAACAGCUUUAAUAUUUCCAGCUGUCCACUUUGUUAAUGUCAAAGCGGGGGAGGGGGGGGGGGGACAUUUGGGUUCCAUAAAACAGAUGUAAAUAUUUCAAACACAUAGUGCUUCUGAAUGCUGUUCAUUCUAAUGGCAUUUUAAUUCUUUGUAGCUCAAACUAAAUCAAUCGUGUUCUCCUGAUGCAACGAAUAUACUGUUUUGUUAAUCACUAGCGUCAUAGUAACCACAUGGAUAACAUCCAUUCACAUGACUUUGAUUAGGAUAUCAGCAAUAAAUCAAUAUUUGGAAAAAAAAGUGCCUUUUUAUUUAAAAGAACUACAAGGCUGUGACAGGAUUGAAUGUCUUAAAAAAAAUGUAAUUUCACUGCACACUGUACCGUUCACAUUUCCUUUUAAUAAAGUUAAUUUUAUCGCAAAUUUUA